AUGCACGGUCACUUGGACAAUGGCGUGGCUGCGCGCCGCACAGUUUUCUUCAAGGGCUUCACGCGGACGGGACGGAACGCGCCGUCAUCGCUGCUCCAACUGCAGUCGAAUAGUGAUGACGAUGAUGAUGAUGCUGAUGAUAAGAAAGGAGACGAUGGAGACGAAAAACAUGGAAGAGGGGACCACGACGAUGAAGACGCACAUAAGAAGAAAGACAACGAUCCACAUGAGCACAAGGAAGGAAUCGAUCCAGUAGAUGCCAAAUUCAUGGACAGACUGUCUCCUGAUGACAAGGAGGCGUUGAUUCAUGGAACAAUUGACCCCGCAGUCCACUUCCCCCUGCUUCUCCACAUGUCGUGGAAAGAACUUCUGCGGGCAGUGAAAUACCUGCGCAAAGCGACGGACUUCCUGGAUACUGUCAAGGGUCACAUGGACGCCAUUCCACGGGACGAAGCAAAAGUUCCUUCGGUUUCCGCCGCCGUGAAGAUCGAGGUGUCUGGGAAGGAAAUAUCUAUUGCUGAUAUUAAUAGCAAGGUUCGAGAAGUGCUCACGGGAGCCCAAAGUAUUGAAGGGUUCCUUAGCAGCGCGAGAAGUCAGGUAAACGCCCGACUGGCUAAGGUUCUGCCUCAGGGUGGCGCUCCGCCAGCUGUCGCUCCGCACGCACUCGCCGCUGGGGGUGUUGGCGGCGCUGCUAACCACUAG